AUGACCGUAGCUGAACAGGUCAAGCCCGCACUGCUGUUCAUUGCAAAGCCAGAUGAAGCUUCCCAAAUUUACCAUGACGUUAUUCAGACCCAUUUUCAAGUGUUCAGUUACGAGUUUUCAAGUUCCGAUCCCACCGAUUUCUUACGCUACCUAAAAGCGACUUUUGACUCCAAGACGGCUCCGUUGCGCGCCAUUUACUGCGGAUAUAUGGCAUUUGCGCCCAUUGGCGGCCUCACGGCCGCCGUGAUCGAACACGAAGCGUUUCCAAAGGAUACACUGCAGUGCCUCGCACUGUGCUCGAGAGGCAUCAACGGCAUCGAUAUUGACCAACUCAUGAAAUACGGGAUCCAAGUCUACAACAACAGCGAGGAUGCCUCGGCUAAUGGACAAGAAUUGAGCCUGGUAGGGAACGACGUUGCGGAUUGCGUGCUUUGGCAUGUUUUGGAAGGUUUCAGAAAAUUUUCAUACAUCCAAACGACACUCAGAGACCAUCAAAACACGAUCGUGGCCCGUUACAGGCUGACCGGCUGCAAAAAGAAGGAUCCGGAGUUUGCGUUUGGCCAUGUGCUCGCUAACCGUCGCGUCGUCACGUCGCCCAGAGGCCAUAAAGCUCUGGUGCUCGGAAUGGGUUCUUUAGGCAAGCAAAUAGCCCAUAAAUUGGAGCAGGGGCUCGGCAUGCAGGUACACUACUCGAAGCGGACUUGCGACGCCAAGUUGGCGUGGCAGUUUCACCCGCUUGAUGAAACGUUAUUCGCGAAAUUGGCCCAAUUUUCCACUGUUGUAAUUGCGUUACCGGGUACUCCAGAAACGAGACAUCUCGUUGAUACCAAGUUUCUCGAAAGUUGCUCGUCAGACCUCAUUCUCGUCAACGUGGGCCGUGGGUUCAUUUUAGAAAAGUCGGCUGUGGAAAAGGCUCUAAAAAGUGGCAAAAUCAGGCACUUGGGUCUCGACGUUUUCUACAAUGAGCCCGUAGUCGAGGACUACCUUGUUCAAAACUUGGACAAUGUGUCCAUUACACCUCAUGUCGGCUCUAGCACAGCGAGCGUGUUCUACCAGAGCUGUGAACACGCUUUAUCCAAAAUCGUCAAGACUGUGCUAGACAAGGAGUGA